AUGCUAUGCCAGAAAAAUCCAGGUAGAAAAAGAUUAAGACCUUCAGAUGACAUUUCAGGAAUUUGUAUUUUGAUGAUCUUAUACAUUUUGCAGGGUAUACCUAUUGGUCUGUCUGCAUCUAUUCCAUUUAUGUUACAAUCAAGUUAUUAUACCGGAAGUUAUCAAGCACAAGCUACAUUUUCAUUAGUAAUCUGGCCAUUUUCAUUCAAAUUAGCUUGGGCUCCAAUCAUUGAUUCAAUUUAUAGUACACAUAUUGGACGUCGAAAAACAUGGCUUAUUCCAACACAAUAUGCUAUUGGAAUUGAAUUAAUUAUUUUAGCCAAUUAUAUAAAUAGUUGGUUAGGACGUGAUCCAAAUAAUCCAUGGAGUCCAUUGGGUACACAUCAUCCAGUUGAUAUAAUGCGUUUAACAAUUGCAUUUUUUGGAUUGACAUUCCUUGCAGCAACACAAGAUAUUGCUGUAGAUGGAUGGGCUAUAUCAAUUCUAUCCAAAAAAAAUCUAGGUUGGGCAUCUACAUGUAAUGUUGUUGGACAGACAAUUGGAUAUGUGACUGCAUUUAUUAUAUUUUUAUGCUUAGAAUCACCUAAUAUUUCAAAUAACUAUCUUAGAUGGACACCUAUUGAAGGUAAAGGGUUGAUUACAUUUUCUGGUUUCCUUUAUUUUUGGGGAGUUACAUUUAUGGUAACUAAUACAUGUUUAGUAUUAUUUAAACAUGAAAAUGAUUCAAAAUUAGAUACUGAAUUUAGAAAUUGUUUACAUAAUCUAUUUUAUAAACUAUUCAAAAGAAAAAUAAAUUUAUCUGAAUCCCAUCGUCUAAAUCAUCAUCACUCUACACAUACUAAUGAUAAUAAUAAUGAUAAUUUAAUUCAUAAUGUUGAUAUGAUUCAAAAUUCUAAUAAUUCUAAUUCAACUUAUUCUAAAUAUAUUCAUGAAGGAAUUGAUGAUCUUAAUAAUUCAAAGUUAUCAGAAAAAUCAAAAAGUUUAUAUCAAACAAAAAAUCAACAUCAUCAAGACAAUGAACUCAUAGAAGAUACAACUAAUCUUGAAUUAAUUUGUAGAACAAAUCAAAUACCGCAUCAUUUAACAAAUCAUCAAAGGAACUCCAUCAAAACUAAAUCAAAUAGUGUUGAUGAAUAUCUAACUGAAUGUCUUCAGAAUAAUGAUACAAUUGAAGUUAAUCAAAAUAAUAUUAAUAAUAGAAAUAUAUCUAAUGAUAAAAGUAAUUCAAAAAAUGAUGAAAGUCAACAAGAGAUUGGUUUAUCACUUGUUGAUACCUAUCGAAUUAUGUUUGGUGUAAUUCGAUUGAAACCUGUUUGGCAAUUUUUAAUUUUAUUAACUACUGUUAAAGUUUGUCUUGCUGCUCCAGAAACAAUUUUCAGUUUAAAACUAAUUGAACAUGGAUUUCCAAAAGAGCGUUUAGCACUUUUCGGUGUUCUGUUAAUGCCAAUACAAGCUAUAUUGCCAUUAUUAAUUACACGUUGGACUAAUGGGCCAAGACCAUUAGGAGUAUUCAUAAUUGCUUUUCUACCAAGAUUAUUGGUGACCUCGUUGACAAUUCCUAUUGUUUACUAUACACCAUACUUUAGAAUUAUUCCACCUAAUCAAACUCAAAUUCAAUUUAUUCACUUAAACAGAAGUGAUUUCAAUAAUUUCACAACUAAUUCAACACAAAAUCAUACAGCAAAUACAGUUAAAGAUAUGGCAUAUUCAUUUACUUGGUUAUUCUAUAUACUUUUAUUAAGUAAAUUAUUUGUUUAUUCAACUAUAUCAAGCAUAAUGAUGGUUGUACAGGUAGCAUUUCAUGCUAAAAUCAGUGAUCCAGCUGUUGGUGGAACAUAUAUGACUUUGUUGAAUACAGUUUCUAAUAUCGCUGGUAGCUUGCCCAGUACUGCUUUCCUAUCGUUGAUCGAACCAUUGACUAAACGUGCAUGUAUUUUGAAAGAGUUCAACCAAACAAUUAUUCAAAGUAUCCAUUCAAAUAAUUCAUUAUUGAAUAACACAACCAAUAAUGAUAAUUAUAAUCAUAGUUAUUCAUUUUUUGAUAAAGAAAAAUUAAUACAACAAUAUAAUGCAACUUGUAAACUACCGCAUGGAAUUAAAGCCUGUGAAACUAUUCAUGGAACAUGUAUUACACAAUUAGAUGGAUUUUAUUUAGAAGUUGGAUUAUCAGUUCUAUUUGGUUUAAUUGUUUAUCCAUUUUUCUUAUAUCCAAUGGCUUGUCGAUUAGAUAAUUUACCAAGUUCAGCUUAUUCAUUUCGAUUAACUGGUAAUGGAUGUUGUUCACGUCAAACACAAAAUAAAAUUUCUAUGAAUGAAAAUGAAACUGAAUGUUCACAAUUAAGCACUCCAUAAAUAUUUUUUAUUCUAUUGAAUUUUCUUUCUAGAAAAAUUCUUUCAUUAUAACAGAAAAAUGUUGAUAAACGAUACUCCUUUUUUAUUUAUUCAUUAUUCGGAUCAUUGUCAUCAUUUUAUAAUCGACUCUCUGUUUUCUUAUCAACUGUGAUGAUUUCUUAGUUUUUAAUGUUUAAUUAUUAAAUACAACUAUGAUGUAUCAUAAUUCCGUCCUCGCAUUAUCUCUCUCUCUCUGUGUGUAUGUGUACGUUUGUAUAAGUAAAGUAUUCUGGUAAUUUACAUUUUAUUCAAUCUUUUCCAUGCAUGAUCUCAUACUUUUGAUGUUAUUCAGUAGUAUGAUACAUUUGUAAAUCUCAUACAAUUACAUAAUUCUAAAUUAUUAUUUACUCUUUAUAUCAUAAUGAGUUAUAUUAUUACUCUCGUUGAUAUAGAAACAAUCACAUCAGUAUAAAUUAAAUUUUCUUUUCAGUUUGGUUUUCAAUACAUUUUUAUUGAAUAAUCUUGUAUAAUAUCAUUUUCAAUUUGUACAACAAUAAUGUAAAAUAAAGAAAGGGUUUUAUUUUAUUCUUGAAAAAGAGAAACAUUUUAUACUAUUGUUAUAUCGAUUGGGUGCCUGCUUGCCCAGUUGAUAUAUGUGGGUGAUAAAACCGCCAAUUAGAGAGGAGUGUAUUUAUUGAACGCCCAAUAAUAUACAAAAUCUGUAUGAGCAGUCUUGAAUACUUAUCAGUCCUGCUUUCUGCCUAGCUCAGUCACUUGAGUCCAAAACACUAAUAACAGCUUCGGCAAUAUGAAUCAUUAUUCUCAAACAUACUGGAUUUAUAUAUCAACCAAACUGACUACAUCGUAUCAUAAGAUAGGGAACAAUAUUUGUAAAAGAUUUAGCCAAACCUGGCUGUGAAUAGGGGGAACAGUAAUCAAUAGACUGGGAAUAACUCAGGAAUGGUAAAUCGUAUGAUAAUAGUCUAUAGAUCAAAAUAAAGCUUAUAAUAAGAGGAACAUGAAUAUGAAUAGUUAAGCUACUUAGCAAUUAUACAAUAGGAAAUAAACAUAUUACAUUGGUCUAUGCAUAGUCCUCAAAAGUUACCAUUCACAAUUCUAUUCGGGAUACAACACUAUGCAAUCAAUAGUUUAAUAUGAUGAUCAUAUAAACUUAAUUUAUUUAUACAUGAAUAUAUCAAAGUAAGAUAACGUUAUAUGAUUAUUACUUCAACUAUUUUCUAAGAAUAACUUCCAGUAAUAGAUGUUAUCAGAGGUAAAGUCAUCUUUUGAUUAAGUAGUACAAAUAGUGUGUGUUAUAAAAGCCUAGAUGAAGUGAAGAUAAGUUCAACAAUAUAUCAAAGGUUUUAAACCAAUACAGUUUCUUGGAUUUUAAUCUAUGAUUUAAGCCUAGAUGCUGAACGAUUUCAUUGUUUAAUUAAAAAAAAUCUAUUGUAAACCAACUGAUUCAUGUUCUUACCCAACGAUUAUUUUGAUCACAGAAAAUGAACUAUGAAUAUUUCACACUGAAUUUUGAUUAUCAAUUUUAAAAUCAAUGAAGGCUAACGUGAUCCAUUGAGGACUUUCACAUUAACGUCGGGAUAAUGCUGUCAAGAAAUUUAUAAUUCUAGACCAUCAAUUUUUGAGGUUAAAUAUUUCCCUAUAGAGUUUCUUAAAUUUACUAUUGCUGGUAAAUAUAUUUUUAAAAACAUACAAUAACUCGUAAUUUCAUUCUGAUCUAUAUGUCUUUGAAAUAACGAAGCGGUAUUCAACACAGUACUGACGUUUCUUACUUUUUAAAGACUUUUAUUUGAAAGCUGGUUGUCGUUCUUUUUUAUGCACUUCCAACUAUUUUCUUUGAAAAUGGAUCACUGAUAACUUCCCGGAAAAACAUUACUUACGUCAAUGACCUUACUAUAAAAAAGUACAGUAGAGGUUGUUGGUUCAUAUAUCUGCUGGAUUGCGAUCGUUAUUGAGCUUACAGAUCCAGUCAAGAUGAGUUCAUAAAACGUUCUGUUUAAAUUUUUUUAGAAAAUACUGGCGAUGAAAACAAGCUGCCUUCAACAAGAGCCAGUGUAACUCUCAGUUAUCCAAUCGGCUUAUCCUAAUCAAUAAAGAAUUUAAUUUACACUUUAAACCAUGUCCUUUAUUUGAAUUUUCCUAUGAAUUUAACGUAAAAAAACACUUGUACACAAAAGAAACGAUUCUCUACGUUACCUACGGAAGCGAAAAUGUCUAACAAAUUAUAUCUGAUAGAAUAUAGUUUGCGUUAACUACCUAGUUGAAUAUAGUGGAUAAUCGAUUGUCAAAAUUUAGUAAGCUCUAAAAUUAAGCGGAUGAUAGAGAAUGGUGCCAUAGAAAAGUUACUAUAAUUUAUUCUGCUGAAUAUCCAGAAGCGCUGUUUCAGAGUCCUAUGUUACCAGGUGUUUUCACUACAAUUUCAUGCUCAACAUAUUCUUCAAGACGCUAGACAGAUUUCAGUACGUUCAUUUUUCCAAACUGCGAUUCAAUAAAUUAGAAGGUGAAGUAGAGGCAUAAAUUGAUGACGUGAAUUCAUAGAUGCGAAUGAUCUAGUUAAAUUACCAAUUUUAAAAUUCAAUUAGCAAAUAUAACAUUGAAACAAACUUCAUUAUUACUUGAUACAAUAAGUUCAAAAAGAACACAAACAUUUUUUAUCCAUCUUCAUUGCCUUUUUUGUUUAUACAUCAAUGAAGUGAAAAAAGUAAAGUCAUAAAAUACGAGGGAGGUUUAGUCAAAUUUUAGCUGAAGUGAACCAGCAGAUAAACUGCAUCACUACUUUAUGAUUUUCAGCCAUUAGAUUAAACAUUCAAAACCCAUUUUACACACAUCGAUACGAUAGUCGUCUCAUUAACUUCAGCCAAUACCUACAUGGUUGGUACCAUGCCUUUCAAAGACUAGGAAAAAAUGAAACUUCGGGACCAAUCACACAGACUUUAUGAUGAGCAUACACUAUUGGCUAAGAUUCAGCUCCUUUUUCAAGAAAAAGAGACAGAUGCUACUGAUCUGAAAUGUGAUUUUAUUUUCUAAGCGAGAAGGAUGUACAUUUUAAAAUCAGUGUACAUAUAUUUUUGAUUCGGAUUUCGAAUGAAAAUCUUUCUAUUAACGCUUGAUUUUAUCAUUCAAGUUAUUUAUUUAAACACAUAAAU